UUUGUCAACAUCCAUCAACUCUAUACGUUUAUCUGCUAAAGAUCCACUACUUUUUGGUACAAAAAUAUGAUGAUUCUAUUGUUGAGCCUUAUGGAAAAUACAUUGCCCCUUAACCUUCUAUGUUGUUAAUAUCAGCAACUGCUAUUUGAUGCACCUUGAAAAGCCAAAGGCUAUUAAUAAAUGCAUCAACUUUGCUCAUAAAUGGAAUAUCGGUUGCCUAAAAUAAAUACUCUAGUGAAAGGUCUAGAGACAGAAAUUGUACUCGUGUUCGAGUUAUUUAAUCUCUUCACCCCUUUCACUCUUAACCUUGGCAAAGCAUACACGCAUUAAAAUGGGAGUUUUUUCCAAUAAGAUUGAUAGGAUACAAUUGAAACCCGGAGAUCAUAUCUACUCUUGGAGGAAGGCUUACCUCUUUGCACAUCAUGGAAUAUAUGUUAAUGAGCGAACCGUAGUCCACUUCACAACUGAAGGAAGACAACAACAAACUGGAAUACUGACUUCUUUCAACCGUCUCUUUACUAGUUCAGCUCCUUCUUUUGAUACCAACAACAUUCCAUGCUCUAUAUGCAGUGAUUGUGGCGAAACAAGGAUUAAUGGUGUCAUCUUAUCCUGCUUAGAUUGCUUUCUUUCUGGAGGUGAACUAUAUCGCUUUCUGUAUGGUGUCAAUAUACCACAUUUUCUAGCCCAAGCUCGAGGAGGUACAUGCACCCUUGCUUCUUCUGAUCCAGCAGAAGAAGUCAUCCACCGAGCUAUUAUUCUUCUUGAAAGUGGAUUUGGUGACUACCAUGUCUCCAAGAAUAACUGUGAAGAUUUUGCAAUUUAUUGCAAAACGGGCCUCCGAGUAACCAGAAAUAUUAGUGUAGGCGGCGGAAGUGGACAAGCCGCAUCUUACUUGGCUGCAGCCAAGUCUGCGGCUUUUGCAUCAGUUCGUUUGGCUGCCCGUUAUUGUAGCCCAACAUUGGUUGGUUGUAUAUUAUACAGCUAUAAAAGAUUGGUUUCUGAUAUUGGAUAUCGCAAAGAUGUGACUCAAGUACCAUUAGAAAGAAUCUCUGAGAUGGCUGUAAGAGAAAACUAGUUUGGUUGAGUAAAAAUUAUAUUUGAAUGGUGUUUUAAGAAUGUCUUUGUUAAGUUUCAGUUAUGUUCUUAACAAAUCAUUUAGAUUGUUUGUUUUAGCCUUUAGAGAGGUUUCGUAAGCCAUUUUAGUAGAAGGAAGACAAGCUUGUUCCGGGGAGAGAAAAGAAUGAUGGACAUGGCAGCACAAUAGGAGUUAUUUAUCAACUAUUGCCAGAAUAUUGUUUCUUUAGUUUAUGCUUUUAAUGUUUCUUUGUUCAAUACUAUAAUUGUUGAGUUGCAUAAAAUAUGGACCUGAUUGUAUU